GUAUUUCUUUUUUACCUUUUUUUAAUGACAGAGAGGGGAUGCCUCAUGGACUUGCUGUAUCUGGAACAAAAUUUAACAUUUCAAAAGUGAAAGUAAAGGACUAUGCAUAUAAAUUUUUCUGUCACUUCAUAUAUGGUUCUGAACAAUUUACGGCCUACAUCAAAUUAGAACGCCCAGCUCCAAUCAUUCACGGUUACUUAAUUGGAGGAGGAGUUUCUUUGGUAUUUUUCAUGUUUUUUACUCUCUUUAUCUACAAGAUCUUCAAAAUUGAUAUUGUGCUUUGGUAUCGGGACUCCUGCCACCUUUUCCUGCGUAAAAAAGCUGCAGAUGGGAAGAUCUAUGAUGCUUACGUUCUGUAUCCAAAGAACAGAGAGAGCUGCUUGUAUUCAUCAGAUAUUUUUGCUCUGAAGAUACUGCCAGAGGUCUUAGAAAGACAAUGUGGCUAUAGCCUCUUCAUAUUUGGGAGGGAUGAUUUACCAGGGGAAGCUGUGAUCAGCACCGCUGAUGAAAAAAUCCACCAAAGCAGAAGAGUGAUAAUUGUUUUAGUACCAGAACCCUCCUCUUACAGUAUUCUAGAAGAUGUGUCCGAAAAGCAGCUAGCCAUGCAUAAUGCUCUGAUCCAAGAUGGCAUUAAAGUAAUUCUCAUUGAACUUGAAAAAAUACAGGAUUAUGCAACCAUGCCAGAGUCCAUCAAAUACGUGAAGCAAAAGCACGGGGCUAUCCGGUGGAAAGGGGACUGCUCAGGAAAAUCUCACUCAGCAAGGACCAGGUUCUGGAAGAAAGUGCGCUACCACAUGCCAGCCAGAAACAGCAGCUCUUCAUCAGGACUGCAUCUGUUACCAAAAGACUUCAACUCUCCCUAA